CAACUUCCUGAGGGCACCCUGUGAGCUCUGCUCCAAGUCCUGACUCUGCCUGGCCAAGUUCCUUUCCUGUCCCUGGGUUUGUCUUGCACUUUCUUCUAAGUAUUUCUCCUAGAAGGCAGAUGAAUCUCCUGGUUCCUCGUCCUGCUGUUCCUGCCAUUCCUGCCAUUCCUGACACUGACAGUUUUUGAACAAUACAGGCAUUAUGGAAGGAUAACAGAUUCUAGAAGAAAUAUGAAGCAGCAACUGUGAAGCUUGAGCUUCUCAACCUUUGCAGCCCUAACCCAACUUGGCUUAAUUCAGCCUCACUGAACCAGAUCUAAACACUCUUGGCUCCCAGAUGUUGCUACAGCUCUCUGAUCUUUAGAAUCUUCUUCAAUUCCAGCUAGAAUGCUGCGUCAAGCACUUCGCAAGUUUGGUCAAAAGCUGGUACACAGACGUCCACUGGAACAAAACGUUUAUGAGUUUAAAUAUGGUAGAAGCAUGAGCACUCUGGAUUUAGUGGCCCUGUGUGUGGGCCGCACAGUGGGGGUUGGUGUGUAUUUCCUGCUUGCUGAGGUGGCUAGUAGUCAAGCAGGACCAGCCACUGUGAUAUGCUUCUUGGUGGCUGGCCUAACUUCGUUAUUGGCUGGGCUGUGCUAUGCAGAGUUUAGUGGCCGGGUUCCGCAUCCUGGUUCCGCAUAUCUCUACUGUUUUGUCACUAUAGGCGAACUCUGGGCAUUCAUCACCGGUUGGAACCUCAUCCUCUCCUUUUUUAUUGAUGCAGUUGUUGUGAUCCGGGCCUGGACCUUAAUUUUUGACUACCUGAUUGGAAAUCAGAUCUCUGAGAGCAUCUCAGAGCACAUUCCCCAAGUCUUAGCAGAUAAUCUAGUCUACUUUACUAUGGUCCUUUGGUUGUUUCUUUUAGAAAUUCGAAAUCUGAGUUUUCGUGGGGUCUUCAUAGUUUUCAAACUGUUCACAUUGGUGAAACUUUUGGUUCUCAGUUUUGUCAUCGUCUCUGGCUUCAUUAAGGGGGACCUGCACAACUGGAAGCUCACAGAAGAGGACUAUAUAAAGGCUGGACUCAAUGACACCUCUAGCUUGGGCCCUCUGGGCUCUGGAGGAUUCAUGCCUUUUGGCUUCCAGGGGAUUCUCCGUGGAGCAGCUACCUGUUUCUAUGCUUUUAUAGGUUUCAGCGUUCUUGUUACCAGAGUCAAAGAAUCGCACAUGCCUGAGCGUUCAAUCCCCAUGGGCAUUGUUAUUUCACUGCUCACCUGCAUCUUGGUAUAUUUUGGUGUCUCUGCAGCACUUACACUUAUGGUGCCUUACUACCAGCUCCGACCUGGGAGCACCUUGCCUGAGGUAUUUCUCCAUAUUGGCUGGGGCCUUGCCUACUAUGUUGUAACUAUUGCAAUUUCCUGUAGUAUUUUUGUCAGCAUGUAUUACAGCUUUGUGUUCCCCAUACUUUUAGUGAUAAACAUGAUGGCAGAAGAUGGCCUCCUGUUCCCUGUGAUUGCCAGGGUCAUGGCUGGCACAUACCCCCAGUUAAUGUUGAGGAUAUUCAUUUAUGUUAUUGCAGUAAUCAUAUUAUUCUUCUUUGGAUUCACUGAUCUCUUGGACCUCAGGUCAAUUGCAACCCUGCUAUCUUAUUCCCUGGUAGCAUUUUGUAUUCUCAUCAUCAGGUAUCAGCCUAAAAGGAGGAAUAAAGAAAACAAAGCAGAGGAGGAAGAGGAGAAUGAGGGAAAUGAAGCAGAGGUGCAAGAGGAGAAGCUAACUCUACAGGGACUAAUUUUUCCAGGCAGCCCCACCCCCACUCCACUUUCUGCCCGAGUUGUCUAUGUUUGCUCCUCACUGCUUGCUCUGCUGCUUAUUGUUCUUUGCCUGGUGCUGGCCCAGUGGCCAGGUCUGCUUUCUGGAGACCCAGGGUGGAUCACAGUGGUUGUGCUGCUCCUGGUGCUCAUCACUGGGAUCACUGGAAUCAUCUGGAGACAGCCACAGAGCUCCCAUCUGCUUCAUUUUAAGGUACCUGGUCUGCCUCUCCUCCCACUCCUGAGCAUCUUUCUGAAUGUUUGCCUUAUGAUGCAGAUGACCGCUGGCACCUGGGUCCGAUUUGGUGCCUGGAUGCUGACUGGGUUUGUUAUCUACUUCGCCUAUGGGAUCCAGCGCAGCCUUAAGAGGCCAAACCAUAGACCUUGAACUCAGCAGUGCCAGUACAUUUUUGGUGUGAUAUCAUCACACCUGAAUUCAGUCUGGUUCCCUGCACAGUAAUGGGGAGUACUCUUGAGCACAUGGGAACCUUGGGCUCCUAUGAGAUAUUGGUGUGAAAAUACUAUUCAACAUAGUACUGGAAGUCCUAGCCUCAGCAAUCAGACAACAAAAAGACAUUAAAGGCAUUCAAAUUGGUAAAGAAGAAGUCAAACUCUCCCUCUUCGCCGAUGACAUGAUACUCUACAUAGAAAACCCAAAAGUCUCCACCCCAAGAUUGCUAGAACUCAUACAGCAAUUUGGUAGCGUGGCAGGAUACAAAAUCAAUGCCCAGAUAUCGGUGGCAUUUCCAUACUCUAACAAUGAGACUGAAGAAAGAGAAAUUAAGGAGUCAAUCCCAUUUACAGUUGCACCCAAAAGCAUAAGAUACCUAGGAAUAAACCUCACUAAAGAUGUAAAGGAUCUAUACCCUCA